AUGGAUGAAGUUAGGACACCAAGGAAGAAAAGCAGUGUAGUUAAGUUAGGGAUGUCAUUUGAUGGUAUCGAAUCUGCGGAGAAAGCUUACAAGGAUUAUGCACAUGACAUGGGCUUUUCGGUUCGUAUCGGACAACAACAAAUAGAUGACAAUGGGGUGGUUAAAUGGAAGCGGUACUUAUGUGCAAGGGCAGGAUACAAAUCAAAAAAAUCCAAUGAUAUGGACGUCAAGAAUAAGCGUCAAACUAGAGAGACUAGAUGUGGAUGUGAAGCCUAUAUUUAUGUUAAGCGCACUAGUGAAGGCAAGUACAAAAUAACCGCAUUGUAUGAGGGACACAACCAUGAGCUUGUGACACCUAGCAAACGUCAUUUGCUUCGAUCCAAUCGCUAUGUAAAUCAGAAGGCAAAAACAACUCUCUUCAAUUGCCACAAAGCAAGCAUAGGAACAUCACAGGCAUACAGACUACUUCAUGUGGGUGCAGGGGGUUUUGAGUAUGUGGGAUGCAUGAAAAAGGAUCUACAGAACUACUAUAGUGAUUUCAGGAACAAAAUCAAAGAUGCGGAUGCUCAGAUGUUUAUUGACAACUUGGGUCGGUUGAAGGAAUUGGACCCUGGUUUUUUCUUUGAGUAUGAAGUGAAAGAUGAUCGGCUGGUUCGAGUGUUUUGGGUUGAUACAACAAGUAGGAAGAACUAUGUCCACUUUGGUGAUGUGUUAUCGUUUGAUUCUACUUACAGCACAAACCAAUAUGACAUGAAAUUUGCACCUUUCACUGGAGUCAAUCAUCAUAUGCAUUCUAUUUUCUUUGGUGCUGCUUUUUUAGCUGAUGAGAAAAUUGAAAGCUAUGUUUGGUUAUUUGAGACCUUUCUAAGAGCUAUGGGAGGGAAGUAUCCUAGACUUAUUGUAACUGAUGAAGAUGCUAGUAUGAGAGCUGCUAUUGCUCGUGUUCUUCCAAACACCAUCCAUAGGUUGUGCAUGUGGCACAUAAUGAAAAAAUUUCCUGAGAAAAUUGGUCCUCAUCUAUUAGAGGACGAUGAUUUUUGGAAAAGGGUGAACUCAUGUGUAUGGGGUUCAGAAACAAUACAAGAGUUUGAGAGUAGAUGGCAAGCUAUAAUAACAGAUUUUCAUUUGGAGAACAACGAAUGGUUGGCGAGAAGAUAUCACAUCCGAGAGUCAUGGAUACCGGCAUAUUUUAGAGAAGUUUGGCUUGGAGGUAUUCUUCGAACAACAUCAAGGUCAGAGAGUGCAAAUUCAUUUUUCAACCGUUUCAUAGGCCAUAAACUUGCACUUAUUGAGUUUUGGCUACGGUUUGACACGGCCUUGAAAUGCCAACGGCAGGAAGAAUUGACAGAUGAUACCACAACCCUGCAUACGACCCCUACUCUAUUUACUACAUGGGAAAUCGAGAAACAUGGUGGUCUAGUUUUCACACAUGAGGUUUUUAAAAUAUUUCAAAAAGAGGUGCUAGCUGCAAGGGAGCAUUGUGAUAUCCAAAGCACAAGUGAAAUGGUGGAUAGAAAAAUUGUUACAAUGACUGACGACUCUAAUAAAGUUAGAGAGUUGAUUUGCUUCACUCCAGAUCUCAUAUACAAGUGCUCAUGCAUGCUUUUUGAGUCGAGAGGAAUACCUUGCCGUCAUAUCAUACGUAUGUUAAGAGCUGCAAGAAUUAAUGAACUGCCUAUGCACUACGUCAUGAAAAGGUGGACGCGAAAUUGUAAAAGGUAA